AUGCACUGCCACGCAGAGCUGAGGCUGAGCUCGCCCGGCCAGCUCAAAGCAGCCAGGAGGCGCUACAAGACUUUCAUGAUCGACGAGAUCCUCUCCAAGGAGACCUGCGACUACUUUGAGAAACUUUCCCUCUACUCCAUGUGCCCGUCGCUGGUCGUGCGACCCAAGCCCCUGCAUUCCUGUACCGGCCCCGCUUCCCUUCGGGCAUAUCCUCUCCUCUCGGUGAUCACCCGACAGCCCACAGUCAUCCCCCACCUGGUCCCCGCCACCCCGGGAAUCGCCCAGGCUCUGUCCCACCACCCGGGCGCCGAGGCCACCUCUGCCGAGGCUGCGGGCGAGAACCACGGCAGCAGCGAGUCGGAGACGGAGCAGCCCACGCCCCGGCAGAAGAAGCCCCGCCGGAGCCGCACCAUCUUCACCGAGCUGCAGCUCAUGGGCCUGGAGAAGAAGUUCCAGAAGCAGAAGUACUUGUCCACCCCAGACAGGUUGGACUUGGCCCAGUCUCUGGGACUCACUCAACUGCAGGUGAAGACUUGGUACCAGAACCGCAGGAUGAAAUGGAAGAAAAUGGUUCUUAAAGGCGGACAGGAAGCGCCCACAAAACCCAAAGGUCGUCCCAAGAAGAACUCCAUCCCCACGUCAGAAGAGAUUGAAGCUGAAGAGAAGUUGAACAGCCAGGCCCAGAGCAAGGAGCGCUGGGAGCCCUCCCAGGGCCAGGAGGGGCUCUGUGACACGCAGGAACCAAAAGGGCACGGUGUCCCUGUAGAGGUGGCUGAGCCCCUAGGCCAGCCCCAGGAGUUGCCAGUAGCUUCUUCGGAACCCCCGCCAUCAAGCUAAAA